GCCCAUGUUUAAACUUGUUGAUUAUUCGGCGGGUAUAACCAAAGGUUGUCAAUCACGUGACUUAAUAAUGACAAAAAUGCGUAGAUCUAAUUGAACAAGGAAGAAUCUAGAAUAAUGGAUGAAAUAAAAGAUUAAGAUUGACAUUCAACAAUGUGAUAAUGUUACCUCAAUAAGACAAAGUAAACAAUGGCUUCAUAUAGCCCAAAACUAUCAGAGAAGAAAUACAAUAACUGGGUUAAAGCACAGUUAGCAGUGUUGUUUACUAAAGACGGACUUGAACCUUUUGUAUGUCAUGAAGUUCAAGAAUUCCGUUUGAAAUGUUUAGAUCAUAUUUGCUUCAACAAUGGAUUAAUGAGUGGAACUUUGUGUUCAAAUUGCUGUACAGAAAAUGUUAUCAAAUGUCCAACAAAUAAAAUAUGUAAUGUUGGACAUGGAAGAUGCAGUUAUCAUCGAAAUGCUGCAACAAGGUAUAAUCCUGCCGGCUGCCCUAACAAGAUAUGUCAUAAUUUUACAACUGAGAUACAGAAUGUACAUAGGUUCUAUGGUCCAUCAUACAAAAACACUGAUGCUACACAGUGGUGCAGUAAUUCCUGGGAGAUAGCUAAAUGUUUCAUGCCCCCAGAUGGAUAUACAGAUGUAGUUAGUGCGCAAGAAACAGACUUCAAUGGCAUCAUCAGCGUUAUCAUUAAUUACAAAGAGUUUCAGUUGAAAGUACAUGAAAACCUAGGCAACAAGAACAACAUUUUUGAGAAGGCAAGAGACAUUGGUAGAAAUUUGAGGCAUUCACCAACGUUAGAGGUAGAGGAUAUAGACCUUCAUCAAUACUUCAUAGUAUUUCAACAACUUCUUUCUGAUGCCGGAUAUUUAGCUACAGACAUGCAUGCACAAAAUGCCAAACAGAAGCUGAUAGAUUUAGAAAAUGACACCAUGGUCAUUGGAAAAGAUGACAUAACGAAAGUACUAGAUGAUGUUGCAAAAGCAGCUCGUGACACUAUAAAAGAUGACCUAAAAAGGACGUCUGAGACUGUAAAAGAAGAUAUGAUUAAGAGAAGAAAAGAAGAUCUUCAUUCUCUUGGCUCAAAAGCUAAUGAAGAAUUACAAAAGAUACAAACUAAAUCUGAUGAUUCUUUAAAAACAAUUAAAACUAAAACUGACAAUAGCGUCAAAGACAUAGAAAAGGCAAGAGACAAUUCAGUUCAAAUAAUGCAUCUAAAGAAAGAGGACAUUGAGGAAAAGGUAAAAACAGAAAGCAAGAAAAUAACAGAAGAAUGUGAAAGAGCAGUUGAAACUAUCAAAGACGAGGGAGAUAAAGGGAGAAAUGAUUUAGCCAAUUUCGCAGAGACUGUAGAAAAAACACUCUACACAAGGAUUACGGACGACAAGAAGAAACAGUACAAUGAUAAUAAACAGAGUAAGUAGCGGAGACAUAUUUUACAUUUUUAAUGUCCAUGAGUACAGCCUCCGACCGUCCAUACUUCCUUCCAUCAUUUAAUUUUUUUAUUUCAGACAAAUUUACACAAAAAUGUUUUGCUCAAUGAGGCAAUGUCUUGCGUCUGUUGCUCGAAAGGUCAAGGUCACACAUUGACUCUAACGGAAAUUUGUCAUAGUUAGUGUACUGAUGUUCGUUUCCUGUCAUCAAUUUUGUUAUUCCUGGAUGGAUUUCAAAACCACUUUGCAUAAAAGUGUUGAACAUAAUGACAAUGUUUCGCGCUCAAGAAUAAGGCUGGUAGCUUAAAGUUCAAGGUCACACAUAAAAUCAAGUGCAGAUAUAAAUCAUUGGCUUGUCUUAUUUCAUCCAUCCGUCCGUCAGUUAUUUUGAAAUUGAAACUGCUUAGCAGAAUUGUUAACCAUAAAGCAGGGUUCGUACAGUCUUAAAAAGUGCUUAAAUUUCAGUCUCUUUCUUAAAAAGUGCUUAAAAAUGAUAAAAAGUGCUUAAAAGUCCUUGAAUUUGAUUACUCUCUUGAAAAGUGCUUAAAAAGUGCUUAAAUUCGCUACAAAUUUGCUUGAAAAUAAUUGAAUGACAGACUAGUGUCAGUAAAAAUCAACAAACAAAAAACAAAACAGAUCUUGUUCAGUAUCAAGAUCAAUGAAUUUUGUAAUGUUUGCUCAAUGUAACAGGCACAUAUUGCAAUUGAUUUGAACUUCACUUCAACCCCUCUAUAAUGCUCAUGUUGUGUUCCAAGGUCUCAAUACAGCAUUUAGCAAGAUUCUGAUAUGUAACUCAUCGCAAGAUCACCACAUUACCCCACCCACUGCAAUUAUGUAUAAUGCUAAUGAUUUUCACUUACCAUUCAAUGAUUAUUGACAUUAUUUUUGUAAAACAAUUUAAUAAUGUAGAUAUAUAUAAUAUUGUGAUGUUGUAGUAUUUAUAUUUAAAAGAAACGGAAAACCUACGAAAGAAAAACAUAAAUCACAAAUGGAAACAGUAGUAAGGGUUUUAACAGGGGGCCGUACAACAGGUUGUCAGUUAAGUUUGUAUUUGUUGCUAUCUUUGUUGUCAUCUAUAGAAACUGUAGCCAGAAAAUGUAUUUUCAUCAUGAAAUGAUUGUCACGGUUCAGAACUGUUCACUAUUUAGGGGAGAAGAUGUGUAAGCGGCCGGAUAGCUCAGUCGGUAGAGCCGCGGAACGGUAUUCCGAGGGUCCCGGGUUCGAGUCCCGGUCAGGCUGCACAUUUGUCUCACCCUGUGACAUUUGGCGCCCAACGGGGGACCGUGACUGCUUAUAGCUCAGAGUUCAAUUAACAUUGCUCUGUAGCUUUGUGAAAUUCGAGGACGAAUUUCAAUAUUGUGUUGAAGUAUGUCACGGUUCAGAACUGUUCACUAUAUAGGGGAGACGAUGUGUAAGCGGCCGGAUAGCUCAGUCGGUAGAGCCGCGGUACGGUAUUCCGAGGGUCACGGGUUCGAGUCCCGGUCAGGCUGCACAUUUUUCUCACCCUGUGACAUGAUCAAGAAAUGACUUAUAAAUUAAUAUUGGUUAAACAUUGUGUAGGAUAUAGACGCAACAAAUUGUGCUUGAAAAAUGGAAAAACAUGCUUAAAAAGUGCUUAAAAAGUCCUUGAAUUUUGAUACUGGAUACGAACCCUGUAAAGAGAACAUGUGUGCAGAGCACAUGAUUGACCUUCAUUGGGUCAAAAUCAAGGUUUGUAACAAUUUUGUAUCCACUCUGUAUCUCUUGAAUCAAUUGAAAUAAAGUGAAAUUUUUGGCAGAAAUAUUACUUAUGUAGACAAUGAGCAGAAAUAACUUUGUGCUUCCUGAUAUAAAAAACUGGUCCCGCCCAAGAAAUUUCUUGAUUUUUAUUGUGUAAAACUAUUAUGUCUGGAGCUUAGAUAAAAAAUGAAAAGAAAAUAGAAGGAAAAAUGCCGGGACACAGUGGAAUGUACGUUGUAAGCGGUACCUCAUUAAAACCGAUCUCGUUAUAAGUGGAGUAGACUGUAUUUAGCAUGUAACAUUGCCUUGUUAACCUUUACAAAAUUGAUUUCAGUCAUGCCCCUAGGUUUGAUAUUGGCCCUUUCCAAGGGGUCACUUGAUUUUAUAUAGACUUAUAUUGGAUAAUACCUCUAAAAUUUAUUGUGUAUUUUAAACAACGAUGCUAAGGGCUUAGAUACUUUGUCAUUUUACAUCACAUUUGUGGACCACACAACCAAUGGUAUAAAUCAUGCCCCUUGGGUCUAUAUUGUCCUCAUUAUAUUGGACUUAUUUUAUAUAGUUUUGUAUAGGAAAACACAUUUAUUUUGGUUAAACUACAAAGUCUAGAGUUUAGAUAUUUGACAAAAAGCAUUGCCUUAUUGGCUUCUACAAAACAGAUAUUUAUGAUGACCCUGGGGUCAAUAUUGGCCCGUACCAGGGUCACUUGAUUUUUAUAAACCUAUAUAGCAAAACACAUUUAAGUCUUAAUUAAUGUGUAAAACUACAGAGCUGGGUGCCCAGAACUUACAUAUUUGACAUGUAUUUGACAAUUUGUAGAUUGCUAUAAAAUGGAAAUACCCUCAGGUCAAAAUUGGCCCUCUCCCCUUAGUCACUUGAUUCAUGUAGACUAUGGUAUAGAAAAAACCCAUCUUUUUGUGGAUAAAUACUGACCUCAAUAAAAGUUUUUUAUUAACUCUCCCAUAAUGGAAUUAUUAUUUUUGAUUAUUCAAAAUUUAAAUUCAGGCAUAUACCUUUGCGGUGUUUUUGUUUAAGUUGUCGGUAUCAAAAAUAAAACGCUCUACCAGUCCUCCGAUCGUCUGACGUAUUCUCAGCCCAUCCUAAAUUUAUGUCACUUUCUGUCUGGACCUAAAUGAACUGCUAGGCUAUCCUGGUCGUCAGAUCACUUAUUAGCUCACCUUGCACAAAGUGCAGGUGAGCUUUUAGGAUGGCCAACCAAAUGGCGUCCGGCGUCCGUCCACAUUUUAAAUAUUCUAAGGACAUCUUCUAUGAUACCGCAAGGCCAAUGUUAAUGAAACUUGGCAGGAAUACUCUUUGUAUGAAGCUCUAUCAAGAUUGUUCAAAGAAUUCCAUUUCAUGCAGAACUCUAGUUGCCAUGGCAACCGAAAGAAAAAUCCUUAAAUAUCUUCUUUUAAAGAACCGUAAGAGCUAGAGCUUAGAUAUUUGGCAUGAAACAUCUUCUAAUGAGUGUCUACCAAGUUUGUUCAAAUAAAAGCCCUAGGGUCAAAAUUGGCCCGGCCCCAGGGGGUCAUUGAUUUUCCCUAUAUGCAUAUAGUAAAAACUUAAAAAAUCUUCUUUUAAAGAACCCAAAGAGCUAGAGCUAAGAUAUUUGGCAUGAAACAUCUUCUAGUGAGUGUCUACCAAGUUUGUUCAAAUAAAAGCCCUGGGGUCAAAAUUGGCCCCGGCCCGGGGGUCAUUGAUUUUCCCUAUAUGCAUAUAUAGUAAAAACUUAAAAAAUCUUCUUUUAAAGAACUGUAAAAGCUAGAGCUUAGAUAUUUGGCAUGAAACAUUUUCUAGUGAAUGUCUACCAAGUUUGUUCAAAUAAAAGCCCUGGGGUCAAAAUUGGCCCCGCCCCAGGGAGUCAUUGAUUUUCCCUAUAUAUGCAUAUAGUAAAAACUUAAGAAAUCUUCUUUUAAAGAACCCAAAGAGCUAGAGCUAAGAUAUUUGGCAUGAAACAUCUUCAAGUGAGUGUCUACCAAGUUUGUUCAAAUAAAAGCCCUGGGGUCAAAAUUGGCCCCACCCUGGGGGUCAUUGAUUUUUGAAAGGUGAAAAUAAGCUAUGUUAUGUUUAAAAAAUCUUUUCUAUUAUGGCCGAAAAUUUGUUUUACAUUGGUGAUUAUGACAUUUUUCAGUAAGUUAUUCAGAAAAAUUUUAGGCUGCAUUCUGUGAAUGAGUUUGCAAGUGUUAUUUCUGUAAGCUAAUAUGACCUUGAUCUACUGUGAAAUGUGGAAAUUGACAGUGGUUAUAGCUGACAAAAUUUGAUAAGAACAAACAAAAGAAAUUGUCU